UAGAGGUCAAAAUCAGGGGGAAAUGACGUCACGCGAUUUUUGACCUGAAGCCGCAGAGAGCCUGCGCAUUGCAUUGUGGUCGCCGGUGCUUAUACAGAAAUCGAAAGCACGUAGCUUUUCAGCUAACUACGUUAAUAUCAAGCUUGGACGGGAGACUAACGGCACCUGCUAUUAUUUGACAGACUCCAAAGAGACCAUGUCAUCGACAUCCCAAAAACAUAAAGACUUCGUGGCCGAGCCCAUGGGAGAGAAGCCAGUGAUGGCUCUGGCAGGCAUUGGAGAAGUCCUUGGCAAAAGACUGGAGGAUAAGGGUUUUGACAAGGCAUAUGUCGUCCUCGGACAGUUUCUAGUGCUAAAGAAAGACGAGGAGCUUUUCCGAGAUUGGCUGAAGGACACUUGCGGAGCAAAUGUCAAACAACAAGGUGACUGCUAUGGCUGUCUUAAGGAAUGGUGCGAUGCCUUCCUAUAAACAUUCAGUCAUUUGUUUUUGUACUUCUGAAGUCCAAGCUGUACAUUACCUCUUCAGAUUUUCUUUUAAUUCAGCCCCUGCUUAUAAUAUCCAUGUGGCCCAACUAUUGGAAUAUUAUGUGUACUUUCUGUUCAAAAUUUAAAAAAAUGUAAAUUUCUAGUGUGUUCAUUGUUGACAGUGCGUUAAGAAGUUACCAUUUUAAGCUCAUUAUGGCAGUUUUAGAGGUAAACUCUUUAACUUCACGAUUUGUUUUCAUUUAUUUCAGCACAUUUCUUUCUAUUUAAUGUGAUGGUUUACCUGUACAAUCUACACUAACACCUGUAGUCACCUGAUGCUUUUGGGCUGCUUGCACCAUUUGCUUGUUUUUAAAUGCUACUGGAAGGUUUGAUAUGAGUUGUCCAUUUUUUUUUAAGUAGCACAUCAUAUCACAGUUUCAUGUACUGUAAUUCCACCAGCACUGCUUCAACGAUUUCUUGAUAAGGAUUGUCUGUUUGGCAGAAGAUUUGGAUAAUUUAAUGUGAAACCUGAAAACUAAACCUAAAAAAAGAUUCAACUGACACUGGUAUUUAGAGAUUUAUAUAGAUAUAUGUAUGUGAAGUGUUUUAACUUUGUGUCUUGCAAAUGAAGACACACCACAGUCCUACAUCUAGUCUACUCUGAGCUUGUUUGGACUUGAAGAUUGAAAUGUAUAUAAAUAAAGAUGCCAAUGUAACAAAACAAUACUUUCAAUAAUAAAAGUGUCUCUAUUGCUGGUAACUUAGAUAUUGUGUUUGUUAGAAAGCUCGAUAUCACAGCUAGUUGUGCUGCUAGUAAAAAAAUGCAAACCUUUUGUGGAGGUCGUGAAAGCAAAGUUACGAGUUGGUGAGCGUCAGACAGCAGCCAUCCUGAUCCAAACCCACAGUGAUGGAUCUAGCAAAACCAUGUUAGCAGCUAAUUAAAGUAGGUUAAAAGUAGUAGGCUGUCUUUUCUUUCUGCAACUUACAAGCUGAGUAAGAGCGGAGAAACCCUCUUAAUCCACUGUCAUGUGACUUACAAAUAAAAUAUCCUUUAUUGGUUUAAGUGGCUUUAAAUGAAAAUCCUACACUGUGUGCAUUUUGUUACAACAGUGAGCCUGAUAUUUAGGUCAGGUCUUCAUAGCUGAGCUAUGUACUGUCUUUGAAUUUCUAGACAUGAGAUGCCUUAAUGCAUGUUACUUUAAACAUUUAACUUGGUCUAAAGAAGUAUAAAGUCCACAACACUGCAUGUUCACACUGUAUUCCCUAAUCUUCCGUUCAAAUGCUGAAACCCACCACCAGUUAUCAAGCUGUAUGAAGAUGUAACCAGUGUGUAGCAGCUCUGUUAUAACGCAGGCCCACGUGUUUGCAUUUGACUGUGAAAAGGUUUCAGCUUUUCUAUUGCUUUUAUUAUAAAACAAUAAAAAGCAAGUAUCACAUUUGAA